AUGGAUUUAAAUAUUUUAAUAGGAAUCGCUUCAGCUUUAUUGGUUAUUUUAUUAACGUUAUAUUUUCUACAAAGAAAGAAAUCUAAGCAAGAUGCUGAAAAAUCUCAUCUACAUCACCGGGCACAAAAUCAACGUAAUCAAGAGGCAAUACCACGACGAGCUCAGAUAGUACGAAAUCAGCGCAAUCGUUUAAGACAAAACGCCGUUGUUAACGCUCAGGUAGAUGAGGAGGAUAGCGAAGGCGAUGGAGAAACGGCGGCUGAUAUGCCCAAAGGUCAAAUUUUGGAUGAGAAAAUGGGUGCUAAAAAACGUGCUAAAUUGGAGGCCAAAGAGCAAAAGAAACUUAUGCGUGAACAAGAAUUGAAACAACGCGAGGAAAGAAAAGUAAAAGAAGCUAAAUUAGAAGAAGAGCGCAAAAAGCAGGAUGAGCAGGAAGCGGCCGAACAACACAAACAAGCAGAAAUUGAACGCUUAGCCCGCGAAGAGCAAGAACGUAAAGAACUUGAGGAGUACCUGAAAAUGAAAGAAGCUUUCAGCGUUGAAGAGGAGGGUUUCGGUGAAGGCGAUGACGAAGAAAAGAAUAAUCUUCUCGCCGAUUUCAUCAAAUACAUCCAAGAUAAUAAAGUAGUUGUAUUAGAAGAUUUGGCGAUAGAAUUUAAAUUGAAAACGCAGCAAGCAAUUGAUCGAAUUCAAGAAUUGCAGAGUAACGGAACUUUAACGGGCGUUAUAGAUGAUCGUGGCAAAUUUAUUUAUAUAUCGGAGGAUGAGCUAAUGUCCGUAGCGAAAUUUAUAAAACAGAGAGGGCGUGUUUCCAUAACUGAAUUGGCAGAAAGUAGUAAUAAUUUAAUUCAUUUAACACCUUUAGCAAGUAUUGACUAAAAAAGGACCACUUAGGCGGCAUAAAGUUGUAAGAAAAAUUAUAUAAAAAAU